AUGCAGGUGCAACAACAGGUGCAGCAGCAGCAGAUGCAGAUGCAUGAGGAUAGAAAACAAUAUGGUGGAGGAACAGGCAAUAAUACACAAAGAUCUUUUGCUGCUGCUGCUGCUGCUGCUGCAGCAGCUGCUGCUGCUGCAGCUGCUGCUGCUAGUAGUACACCUAAUUCAAGUAAUAAUACCACUGCAGCAACUGCAGCAAAUGCAGCAGCAGCAGCAAAUCAUGGGUUCCCUCUUCUUACACCUAAAACAAAUACUGAUUUAACUGCAGCAGCAGCAGGAACUGCAACAGCAGCAGAUCCAGCAGCAACAGCAGCAAAUGUUGCAGCAGCAACAACACCACUUACACAUCGUUGGCCUUCAUCUGCUGCUGCUGCAGCUGCAGCAGCAGCAGCAGCAGCAGCACAAAGUGUUAAGACAGAACCACCUACAGGACUUCUUGUUCAUGAUAAACAUUUACUAAGACAAAAAGCAAGAUGCAGCAGCAGCAGCAACAGCAGCAACAGCAACAGCAGCAACACCAGCAACAGUAGUAGCAACAGCAGCGGUAUGAUUAUUGAUGAAUCUAAGGUAUCUGAUGCAGCAGCAGCAGCAGCUGCUGCUGCUGCUGCAGCAGCAGCAGCACCAUGUUCUGCUACUGCAGCAGCAGAAUUUGCUGCUGCAGUAGCUGCACUACGCUGCAGCUUAGCAGCACAAGACGAACCUCGAGGAUCUGCACCAUCUGCUGCUGCUGCUGCUGCUGCUGCUGCACUACGUCAACAUUUACAGCAGCAGCAGGAGAAUCAAGGAAUGCAUGAUAGAGGAAUAUCUUCUCCAUCUCCUCCUCCAACAGCAGCAGCAGCAGCAGUAGCAGCAGCUGCAGCAGCAGCAGCAGCAGCAGGAGCAACAGGAACAGCAGGAGCAGCAGCAGCAGCAGCAGCAGGAGGAUCUGAAUCAGGAGACACUAUAGAGGGGGGAGAAGACAUAGAGGAGACACUUCGUGCUGCUAUAAGAGACACAAGAGGAGACACUUCUUCUCUUGUUGCGCAUGCAUUAGAUGUAUCCUCUGCUUCCUUAGCAUUCUUCCAAUCUGCUGCUGCUCUGCAUAAGCAGCAGCAGCAGCAGCAGCAACAGCAGCAACAGCAGCAACAGCAGCAACAGUUGCUGCUAAGAUCUCCUUUAACAGGAGCUAGAACAAUCACCAGCAGCAGCAACAGCAACAGCAGCAGCAGCAGCAGCAGCAAAACUAAGCAGCAAGGAUUAAGACAACUAGGGGCAGCUUCGUCGGAUCUAUUAGGUUCUGCUGCUGCUGCUGUUGCUGCUGCUGCUGCUGCUGCAGCACCGCCAGCAAGUCCAGUGGUGUCUCCAUCUUCCACUGCAGCAACCCCUCCACGCAGUAGUGCAGCAGCAGCAGCAGCUGCUGCUGCUGCUGCUAGGGGAUCGGCAGAAGGAGGAGACGACAGGCAGCAGCAACUUCUUGCAGCAGCAGAGAAGGCUAUAAGAGGAGGUACUUGGCUGCAGCAGCAAGACACUGUUGCUGCUGCUGAUGCAACAAAACACGGAGCAGCAGCAGCAGCAGCAGCAGCAAGAGUGCGAGAAGGAGAUGCAUUAGCUGCAGCACGCAGCAUGGGAGAAGCAACAGAUGCUGCACAGGAAGAAAGGGGUAUUAAGGAUGUCCGCUGCAGCAGCAGCAGCUACAGCAGCAGCAGCAGCUGCAGCAGCAGCAGCACGGGGGAGACACAACUCAGGGACACAGAGACAUCUAUAGGGCGCACUAGCAGCAGAAGAAACAUAAACUUCUUUGGGGCUGCAUGCGCUGAUAACAGCAGCAGAGACAGCAGCAGCAGCAGCAGCAGCAGCAAUAGAGGAAUAACAGAAGCAAAAGGACUGCAGCAGAUGCAGCAGAUGCACCAGAUGCAGCAGAUGCAGCAGCAGCCGCUAGCUGAUCUAGCAGCAGCAACAGCAGCGCUGCGGCAAGCAGCAACAUUAGGGGACACAACGCAGCUGCAGCAGCAGCUGAUUGAACAGCUGCAGCAGCUGCAGCGGCAGCAACUGCAGCAGCAGCAGCAGCAGCAGCUACAGGCAGCACAAGCCUUCGGCUGCGAUACAAAGCAAGCUGACACCAGCGAAGGCCCUGGCUCUGCUGCUGCUGCUGCUGCUGCAGCAACAGCAGCAGAUGAGUCUAGCUGCGCAUUGGAGCCGCAGGGCUUAUUGAGUGGUGAUGCUGCAGCAGAGCUGCAGCAAAGACAGAAGCAGCAGCAGUUGCUGCUGCGGCAGCAGCAACUGCUGCUGCAGCUGCGAGCAGGAAGAGACGCAAAGCUUGCUGCUGCUGAGGCCCUCAAGUGUCUCCUUGCAGGAGACGCUGCUGUGCUGCAGCCGCUGCAGCUACAAGAAGAAGCAACAGCAGCAGCAGCAACGGUAGCAGCAGCAGCAAACACGACUGCAGCAGCAACUGCUGCACCAGCAGACGGCAGCAGCACUGCUUUGGGGACACACCCGAAUCGCCCCCAACAGCAGCAGCAGCAGCAACAGCAACAGCAGCAGCAGCAGCAGCAGCAGAAUCUCAAGACCUCAGGUGUCUCCUCGCAGCAAGGAGACACUUCUGCCUCAUGGAAUCUCCCUGAGUCUCGCGGCGCAGCAGCCGCACUGCCUUAG